AAGAGAAGGUCGACAGACGUUGUGAGGGCACUCGGGUGCAGAAGAUUAUGAGGCUUACGUGCGCUGCGGGUCUUUUAUUUUGUUGAGCAAAAACGGGAAGCUGCACCGCACUUCCGGCGGCGACAAAGAUGGCGGCGCCCGACGAGUUGUUCGUGUGGGAAGGAGACUGGGGGCUGCCGUCCGUCAACAGCGACUGUCUGGUGGUUCUGGCGUAUGCUCGGUUUUCCGGCGCUCCGCUCAAAGUUCGCAAGGUGUGCAACCCGUGGAGGAGUCCCGGAGGGUCCAUUCCCGCGCUGAAGACCGCCCACAAGGAGGCGCUGUGGCGGCCCUCUGACAUCAUCAUCCACCUCAGAAAACAGAAGUACAACGCAGACUUCGACCUGUCGGCCAAGGAGGCCGCAGACAGUCUGGCUUUCGUUGCGCUCGUCCAACAGAAACUCACACCGGCCGUGAUUUACGCCCUGUGGGUGGAUCCCAAGAACUUCGUAGAGGUGACUCGGCGCUGGCACGCCGAGCACACGGGCUUCCCGCUCAGCCUGUUCCUGCCGGGCCGCUUGCAGCGCCACCAGCUGGACAAACUUCGCCUGCUGCGAGGCGACGCCGGCCUGGAGGCCGACGACGAGCUGGAGAAGGAGUUGUACCGCGACGCCACAGACUGCAUGGACCUGCUGACACAAAGACUCGGGACACAGAAGUUCUUCUUCGGAGACUCGCCUUCGUCUCUGGACGCGUUCGUGUUCGGCUGGCUGGCUCCGAUCCUCAAGUGCGAGCUUCCCAGCGGGAAGCUGCGGCAGCAUCUCAAGUCUUUGGACAACCUACAAGCGUUCUGCGCCAACAUCCUCCUCGUCUACUUCCCCUGUCAGGACACGCCCCCUCGCCCGCUUCCGCCGGCGUCUUCCGCGGCCGCUGGCCGAGACGCCGGGCACGUCCCCGACCGGCGCCGGAAGCAACUGCUGUCCGCGUUGGCGGCGCUGGGCGCCAUGUUGUCCUACGCCGCGCUCACCGGGAUGGUGUCCGUCCGACACGGCCGCCGGGGGGCGCUGGAGCAGCGCCCCCGUUCGCACCGGGACGACGGCCGAGAUCGGGACGAAGACUGACGUCGUCGGAGCGCUUGGGGAGUUCCUCCGCGUGUUCCUCGUGUUUCUUCAGCCGCGUUCCAUCCGCAUUUCCCCCUCGUUCCGCCGUUUCACGUUUUUUCCGCAUUUCUUCAGUGUGUCAUCCACCUUUCCUCGGUUUCAUCCGUUUUGAAUUGUUUUUCCUUCCGUGUUCACGUGUGGGCGUCUCUGAAUCGAAGGUUGCUCGUUGUAUGUGAAUGUUCUUUUUUGAACUAUUGACAAUAAAGCUCCUGAUAGCUCCGCCCCUCA